AUGCCUCAUGGAAGACCUUCUUUUAAAGAUGUUUGUUUACAAUUUAUAAAAGUUACUGGCACAGAUAAGCAUGGUCAGAAAACACCUCGUCAAAUGUGUAUCCACUGUGAAGAAGAUAUCAUUGACAUAAAUGAUCGUUUAAAGGAUCAUUUAAUGAAAUGUAAAAAUCGUUUACAAGAUAUAAAGGAUUUGUUAAAUUUUACAACUUCAAAAUAUCAAAAAAAUAUUUCUAUCACUGAUUUAACAA